AUGUCGUUCCCAGUCGUCAAUGGUGUCGAGGUAGCAGUUCCACCACCUACCGGGUACAGGGUCGAUUUUGAUAACCCCGAGACGGAUGAGUCGAUGGUCAGGAAUGCGUAUUGGAUAUUUGGAUUGGAGUUUGCGUUUGCGACGGCGUUUUUGGGACAGCGCCUGUAUACUAAUGGUGUAAUCUUGCGCAAAUUCAUGAUUGAUGAUUAUUUGAUCCUUUUUGCAUGGAUCCUUUCUAUUGCCGCGCAAUCAUGCCUUCUCGAUGCGUAUCGACGGAACUUACUUGGUGUCCAUGCCUGGGAGAUGCCUGUUGAUAGCAACACUCAAUCUGCUUUACUUGUGAUGUGUACAACACUCACUUAUAUCCCAACGACGAUCCUCUCGAAACUGACGCUUUGCUUCUUCUACUAUCGCCUGUCGCCAUCCUUGUGGUAUCAAUACUCGGUCGUUUUUACAGGAUUUAUCUGUACAACUAGUCUGGUUGGCAUUUGGUUCAGCGUUCUCUUUGCGUGCAAACCAAUCGCGGCAGGUUGGGACGUGAGACUCUCUGUCGGUGCUGAAUGCAUCAAUCGUCCUCCCAUUUACAUAACACAAGCCGCCUUUGGCUGCGUCACAGACUUGAUGCUUCUGCUGUUGCCUAUUCCAACUGUCAUCGGGCUGCAAAUGUCUACAAGACAAAAGUUCGGAGUGCUUGGUUUAUUUGCUAUUGGCUCAAUCACUCUUGUCACAUCGAUCGUUCGAUUAGUGUUGCUGCUGCCAAGCUUGUCCAACCCAGAUCAGAGUUGGUCUUUGGCAGAAGGUUGCCUGUGGGUCAUCAUUGAAGCCAAUCUGUUGAUCAUGUGCGGCUCUCUCCCUACUCUCCGGGUUUUUCUCAAGCAUGUCGCUCCUCGGGUUCUCGGUGAUAAAAGCCAAAACAAACCAAGUCAAGAAGAUAGUGCAAGUUUUGGGUUGCACACGUUUGGCGGUUCGAACGGACCCCGACGCAAGUUUGACACACUUGUGGAACUAGAACAUGAUAUGCAUUUUAACAGAAGCAGCUUAAGGCCUGAAGGUAUGGGCAAGACGAAUGUGAAAGUCUUUAGUGGGCAGUCAAAUGAGUCACUGAUGAAUCAAGCUCAGACUGGGGAUGAUAAGAGUGAAGAUGGGAUAUUGCAGACACGCACGACGACUGUUCAAUAUGAGUACUCAUAG